AUGUUUGGAAAAGGUGUUUCUCGAGAGUACUUUCAACCCCGGGCAUGUUCUAUGGGGAAGAAUGCAUUCAAAACUGGUCAGGCGAAAGAGAAUAUUGUUUACAUUGACUUAGAUUGUGAUCAAUUUGAUCAUGUAGAAAUCAUAGAUUGUCCUGAUGCUGUUUUACAAAAACUGCGCCAUUUUAGUAGGCCAAGUAAAGAUAAAACAUCGACACCGCGUAGUGUUAUUAUUAGCAUUGAUGAUGAUGAUGAUGAUGAUGAGAGUGAUGAUGUUGAUGGUGUUGGAGAGUUUGAUGGUGAUGCCUCUUCAAACAAAAGGUUUUCUACGCCCUCAAGUGUGCGAAAUUAUGUACAUGUAGAUGUUGAUGAUUAUGAUGUGUAUGUUUCAAAGAGGCAUAAAAGUACCGGAUUCUAUUCAAAUCAUUGGAAUCGUGAUGGUGAUUGUUCUGAUUGUGAGGUCAUAAAACGUGAACAGUGGGAAAAGGUUUCGGCAAAGAGAAACAGAAAUGAGAAUAAUAUAAUUAAUCAAAAAGAAAAGCAUAAGGAAACCAAGUUAUAUAAACAAGCCAUGGAAGAGGAAUUGGCAUCCAGACAGCGAGCAUUGCAAAUUCAGGCAGAGGAAGCACAAAAACUGCGAAAACUGCUCAAAAGAAAAAAGGCUGAAAAUGGCCGAAUGCUGGACAUUGAAAGGUCAAAAAAACGCCUUGAAGAAGUGAAAGAGAAGCAAAAGAAAGACGAAGAAUUAAUGAACACGAAAGAUAAACUACGGGUCGAAAUAUUGAAGAUCAGGCUCAGUCAAUUGGAGAGGCGAAGCACAAAUAUGACCUCACUGCUUCGUGGCUUAGGAAUAAAUGUGGGGGAAAGUCUUAGACCUUCGCCAAACGAGGUGCAUGCUGCCUAUAAAAAAGCUAUUUUGAAGUUCCAUCCGGAUCGUGCAUCAAAAACCGACAUUAACAAACAAGUUGAGGCCGAGGAGACGUUCAAACUCCUCUCAGUCCUGAAGAAGAAGUUUUGUUCGACUUCAUGGCGCUAG